AUGGGAGCAAGGGAGGCACAGCCUCAGCAGCAGCCAGAUAGCUUGCAGUGUCGCGGGCAGCAGCGAGGAGAGCUGACAAAAGCAACAAGUACACUGAGAGCCCCGCCGGCACCGGCGGCGCUAACGGCGGCGGCGGCGGCCGACACCCCCCCCACUCCCCGCGCAUGCGCGUUGGGGGGGGGGGUGUCGCCGCCGCCGCCGCCGUUAGCGCCGCCGGUGCCGGCGGGGGCUCUAUGGGGAGAACAUGGCUCCUUCCCCGAGGAGGUGGACGUCUUCUCGGCGCCGCACUGGCGGAUGAAGCAGCUCGUCGGCCUCUACUGCGACAAGCUGUCCAAGACCAACUUCUCCAACAACAAUGACUUCCGGGCUCUUCUGCAGUCCCUCUAUGCCACGUUCAAGGAAUUCAAAAUGCAUGAGCAGAUUGAAAAUGAGUGUAUCAUUGGCUUACUUCAGCAACGGAGCCGGACAGUGUACAACGUGCACUCGGACAACAAACUCUCUGAGAUGCUUAGCCUGUUUGAGAAAGGGUUAAAGAAUGUAAAGAAUGAAUGCGAACAGCUAAACUAUGCGAAACAGCUGAAGGAGAGAUUGGAAGCCUUUACCAGGGAUUUCCUUCCUCAUAUGAAAGAGGAAGAGGAGGUUUUUCAGCCAAUGUUGAUGGAAUACUUUACUUACGAAGAGCUGAAAGAUAUUAAGAAGAAAGUAAUUGCACAACACUGCUCACAAAAGGAGGCUGCAGAAUUCAGAGGUCUUAGUAAGUGGAAUCAAGCUGAAGAGCUUCAGAAGGUCUUUAAGUAUUCUGUGGAUGAGAAGGCAGAUCAAGAAACUGAAGUAACAGGGCACACCACAAAUAUUACUAAUCUUCCUCCUGAAGUAAUGGUGACCAUUUUCAGUUACCUUAACCCCCAAGAGUUAUGUCAGUGUAGUCAAGUAAGCACUGAAUGGUCACAGUUGGCUAAAACUGGAUCUCUUUGGAAACAUCUUUAUCCUGUUCGCUGGGCCAGAGGUGAUUGGUAUAGUGGUCCUGCAGCAGAUACUGAGACAGAACCUGAUGAGGAAUGGGUGAAAAAUAGAAAAGAUGAAAGUCGUGCUUUCCAGGAAUGGGAUGAAGAUGCUGACAUAGAUGAAUCAGAAGAAGCAGCUGAAGAUUCACUUGCCAUUAAUAUAGCACAAAACAAACGUUUCCUUCAUGGCUUAAUUCAAAAUGUCCUCCCAUAUGUAGGCUCCUCAGUGAAGACAUUAGUACUAGCCUACAGUUCUGCAGUGUCUAGCAAAAUGGUAUACAGAUCUUGGAGCUUUGUCCCAACUUUGGAAUAUUUGGAUCUCACUCAAACUGAUAUUUCAGACUCUGCAUUUGAAAAGGUAUAUUGGUCUUCACUUGGUUGUUGUCAAAAUCUUCGCCACCUUGAUCUGUCUGGAUGUGAAAAAAUCACGGAUGUGGCGGUAGAGAGGAUUUCCAGAGCUCUGGGCAUCAUAUCAACUCACCAUAAGGGUAUUCUGAAAGGCUGCAGAAACAGGAAUGCUAAGACCUUGUGGAAAAACAGAGAGAUUACUCUGCAGUCCAGCAAGAAGUAUAAUUGUUUGCAUGAAAUCAACAACGAAGACUUUAUCGAUGGAAGAGACAGUGAGCAUCAUUGGACUGACCCUGACAGCUCAGAAAACUUCAAUUCUGCAUAUGUGUGGAUGCUAGAUGCAGAUGAUUUAGCUGACAUCGAGGAUGCUGCAGAGUGGAGACACAGAAACGUUGAAGGGUUUUGUCUCAUGGAACCAACAUCCCCCAUUAAUUGUUCUGCAUCUUGCUGCAGUAGAGACAUUUAUGGCUUAAGGACUAGAGGGUGGCAGCAGCACUGUGCUUCUACUGACUUGAUUUACUGCGGUCACUCAUUUUGUUGUGCUGGGACGGCACUAAGAACUAUUCAAGCACUUCCAGAGUCCUCUGCACUGUGUAGAAAAACAACAAGGACUAAACAGUCAGAGAAAAAAGACUUGGCAUACUCUGGGAGUGAAAAACCAGAUGAAGAGACUGCACGAGUUCUUCAGUUUCUCAGUCUGUCUGGGUGUUACCAGAUCACAGAUCGUGCUCUCAGGUGAAAAGACAUUUUUGAGCUAUUU